GAGUUUCCUCUCCUGUGAGAAUAAGUGUUUCGGCCAAUCGUAGAGCGUUUGCAAAUUACUGAUAGGAACUACUUUGAAACUGUACCGCGCAUGCGCAUUCAUGGUCUUCAAGCACGGCAACUACCGACCGUUCUUAGCAGAAAGUCCAGAGAAAUUAUUAUUGAAACACGUAAUGGGUUCUGUCCCACCGAUUUCCUCGCUGCGCUUACUGGUUCCACCUCUACGGCUGAUGUCUGCCUUUAUGUGGAAAAUCGCCCAACAGCAACACCUUGAGCAUUAUGGAAAACUAGAAGAAUUUGUCUCUUUGGUUACAAGGCUUGUCCCAGAGGUCUUGACCAGCAGACAGAAGGCCACGCUUGUAAUGGGGCUCAGAGCAAAGAUGAUUCUUGAGAUGUGCCGAGGUGAACUGCCAGCAGACCUUGAGACAGUGAAGUCGCAUAUACAGAGGAUUCAGUCCUCGCAUUCAUCAAAGGGAAUUGAUACAGAGGCAGACAUUUUGCAGGCAAACCUUCUGACACUCGUGUUGGGUCUGCUGGAGGAUCCUGCCAAAAAGGAAUACUUCUUUCAGGAGGUGUUCCCACAAGAGUAUGGUCCAGAAUUUGACCAAGCACUGCAAGUCCUGGUUGGCCAUUUUCUCUCGAGACUGGAACAGCUGCUGCCAGUACCCAGCUUCAAACAGACUUCAUCAUGGCUCAGCGCCUGCCCCUGGGAGUGGAAUGAGUACCUGGGCUCUGUUUGCAGGACAGAGAGCUUAUUACCUUUAAUGCAAACUGGUAUUUGUGGGACAUUGGAUGACAAUGCGCUCCCAUCAAUUGUGGAAGACCGAAUCCUCUCCUCCUUGUCUCUAACCGACAUGGUGAUAACCACUCAACCGCAGCCCCCCUCCCAGGAGGCCCAGGAUGAGGAUGUGGAGUGUGCACCAGAUGGUGUCCAGGAUGAAGACAUAAGUUCAAGUCUCGAUGGAGCUGUAGCUACAGAAUACAUAAGAGCCAACGAUGGAGCGAUGGAGGAAGAUUCAGAGAGGCAGACCUUUGAGAGAGAGAUCAAGGAGGCAAUUAAACAUUUGGAAAAGGAGAGCGACAUGUCAGCUGAGGUCGUUGCGAGUCUGCAGAGCACAGGGAUGCCAGGGGUUGACUCUGAAUUAAAAACUACUGAUGUAACAGGAAGUGCCAUGGCUGAAGCAGAAGACAUCGUAACUGAUCAGCAAACCGUCAUCCCCAGAGUUGCGCAUACAAAAAUCACUCAACCACUGGAGGUUUCACAGUCUGCAGCAAACCGAGGGAGUGACGAGGAAGUAACUGAACAGUGUGAUCCACAGCAAACUGUUCUGGAAGAAGCAGCUCAGGGAGAGGAUAAUGCUGAAGCAUCAGAAUUGGAGUCUCCCAGCAAUCCCCUGCCAGUCGAAUCCCCGAAGACUCCUUUAAAGAGUUCUUACGUCCUUGGCAGGCUUUUACACAAAUGUCUAAAAUGUGGCAAGCGUUUUGCGUAUCGCUCAGAGCUCCAGAAACACCAGGAGACUCACAAACCUGCAGCGUCCAUCAAGUGUUGUGAAUGUGGGCAAAUUUUCAGAGAUUCGAAACUCCUAUCUCUGCACCGACAGAGAGGCUGUCGCAUGAGGACGUACAAAUGCAUCAAGUGUGGGGCAGCCUUCAGGUCUCUCUCAAACUGGUACAAACACCAGCAGGCGCACAAGGUGGUCUGCACACACAAAUGCCCCGAGUGCGGGAAGGUGUUCCGAAGCCUGACCGGGUUAGUGGCUCACAGACGAGAGCACAUGGGUCCUGCGGUAAACGGUGUUUACUCCUGUGACAAGUGUGACAUGACUUUUGGCUCGUAUCGAGGCAGGGUGCUACACCAACGGGUCCAUACUGAUAAAUCCAAGCAGCCUUCUCGGAAGGAGCGUGAACCGGGUAAGUGCCGCUUUUGCGACGAGUCAUUCGUACUGCUCAGCGAUUUGAGAGUGCACCUGAAAACUCACCCCGAGUACCGGCCGCAUCAGUGCGACCAGUGCGGGAAGUGCUUUGCUCUGCAUCACAGCCUGCUUGCACAUCUCUCAAACCACACUGGAGACAAGCCAUACCUCUGCACGCAGUGUGGCAAGCGCUUUUUCAGCAAGGUCCAGCUGAAAUCGCACAUGAGGUGUCACUCGGGCGAGAGGCCGCACAUGUGCCCUCACUGCGGGAAGUGCUUCUCACUGCUGGGUAACCUGAACAUCCACGUACGAAUCCAUACUGGCGAGAAGCCCUACUUGUGCCGUCACUGCGGAAAAGGCUUCAUCUCUGCUGGAGAGCUGCAAGUGCAUGAACGCAGUCACACCGGCGAGAAGCCCUACUCUUGCAACAUCUGUGAUAAAAGAUUUGUGGUGUCGAGCCACCUGACGGCUCACAAGCGCGUUCACACAGGAGAGCGCCCAUACACUUGCACUCAGUGUGGCAAGACCUUCAUACGGAGAUAUGACUGGAAUAAACACAUGUACACUCACUCAGGGGUGAAGCCCUUCCCCUGUACCAUCUGCCAAAAGAGCUACACACGUCGCACGCACUUGAACAGACACAUGCAGAGCCACGGUGCAGGACAUUAGUAACACCAAUCCAAACCUGACCAGAGUGAAAACUGGUUAAUGUACAAAAGGACAUGCUUUAAAUAAGGACAUUCCAGUGCAAAGUUUCAAAAGCACAUUGCUCAUGUUUUGUUUGACCAAAUGCAGAUAUAAUUAACCAAUAAAUGUUGGCCUUCUAGUUUAUCAGA